AUGGGGGAUGCUCGGACCCGGAGCCGCGAAGUCACCGGCGUCCCGGCCGUCCCCAACGGGAACCAGCUCGGAUGCUUCGACCUCUUCUGCGAAGGUGACCCCAGCACCCUAGAGGAGAAUUACCAGAUGGUGUGGAAAGGCGAGGGGCAGGGCUCCUAUGCUGCCACCUCCUACAAGGAAUUCGAAAAGGGUGGCUGGGAGAAAGAAGUCGUCAGUCGACGAUACUUCGCUUAUCGCCCGCGCCAGUGCUGCCUCUGCUUGCUGGCGCUGCUGCUUUUGUCGGCCCUCGGCUACUGUUUGUACUACCUCCUGCACAUGCACCGUGCAGCAGCAGACGAUUUGAGCACUGGGUCUGCGCAAGAUGACAUAGACUGCGACACCGGAUAUUUGAACUUUGAGGAGCAAUGGGACAAAGACAAGCAGGCCAUUUGUUGUGACCUGUACGGUCGGGCAUGCUCACACGUAUCUCAUGUAGGUUACCAUCCGCAAGUCGUCUACCAUCCACGGCAGUACAAUUGCCAUGCCGGUUACUCGAACUGGUAUUUCGGCUGGUCACAAGACAAGAAGGCAUACUGCUGCCAUUUCGAGUCUCGCGGCUGCCCCGGCAGCUGGCAUGGCAGCUACCACCUGAACACUCACAUAGGGCACCACGUUGGCCACGCGCACGAGCAUCACGAGCAUCACGAGCACAUCUAUGACUGCGAUGCUGGCUUCUCCAACUGGAUGCAAGGGUGGUCGGACUCCAAGAAGGAUUGGUGCUGCUCGCAUGAGCAGAAGGGCUGCGUCAAGUACCACUGCACUGGGGAAGAGGAUUCCUGGACCGAUGACAAGUCAGACUGGUGCUGUGCUCACUUUCAGAAGGGUUGCCCACAAACGACGCUUUCGCCAAUGAAGUGCGAGACUCCGUGCACACUCAAAGGAAGAACGUCGUCAUGUCUCGACCGCAUCAAGUGGACCGCAGACAACGUUUUUGACUCCCAUGACAACAAGUGUGCGAUGGCCUAUAGCAAAGUGCAGGUAGAGUGCGACGUCUGUCGUUCUUGUUCCGUCGAGGAGGCAGGCUGUGAAGUGCACAUGUCGGGCUCGCUACCCUUCGACUGCAAUGCGGCCCUCAACAACUUCUUCAGGGCGUGGUCCCCGGAGAAGAAGCACUGGUGCUGUACCAAGCAGGGAAAGGGCUGCGAGGGUCACCACCCACCCUCCGUUGAUGCCGGCUAUGGCAUGACCUGGAAGCACGUGCAGGUGAACGGCUACUGGACCUGGCUGGCUGUGCACGGCCACGGCCACGGCCACGGCCACGCCAGCCUGCCCUAUGACUGCAAUGCCGGCCUCGCCAACUGGCACACCGGCUGGCAUGGUGCUGUCUGCACCAACACGUCGGCUGUGAAGGAGGUUGCGGUUGUGGCGCUAGGCGGUGAAAUCGACCCGCUCGUCUCACAAGUGCCACGGACGGUGAAACUGCAGCUGCGCUGGGGCCUUAUGAGGUGGGAUUUCAUUGGUGAGGGCACCGCUCCUCUUCUGCUGGACUCGAGGUCCGGUCCUGUCGUGCCGCCACCUCCUGCAUUCGAGAGCAACCAUUGGUGGGGCGUUGGUGCGAAGCACUUGCAUGACCCCAAGUCAUCCCCAGCUGCCAACAGGGCGCCGGCUGUUUCAGACAAAACUUGCAAGCUCACGGUUCACAUUGCGAACCGCGAUCCUGCUUACAUGCAGGAACAGUACCAGAUGGUCUGGAAGGGAGAGGGCAAGGGGUCCUAUUCGGCCGCGUACAAGGAAGUGGAGCACGGACGAGGGGAAUGGGAGAAAGUUGUCGUGAAUCACAAAUACACCUCUUAUCGCCCCAAAGUCUGCUGCAUGUGCCUGCUGGCGUUGCUUUUGUUGGCAAUGCUGGGUUACCUCCUGUACCGCCUCUUGCACGAAAGGACGAUGACGGUCGGUUCCGAUGAUAUGUCAGUGUCAAGGCCUGCUCAGGAUGCGAUCGAUUGUAACACUGGGUUUUACAAUUAUCAGGUUCUCUGGGAUGCAGACAAGAGGGCCAUUUGUUGCGACCUCUAUGGCCGAGCAUGCACUGGUUCUGCGACUGUGGUCCACCACCCGCACUUCGUCUACCAUGGUCCUCCUGCUCAGGCCUACAACUGCCGUGCCGGCUACUCGAACUGGUUGUUCGGAUGGUCUCAACACAAGAAAGCGUGGUGCUGCUCUCACGAGUCUCGCGGCUGCCCCGGAACCUGGCAUGGCAGCUACCACCUGCACACUCAAGUGGGGCACCACAUCGGCCAUGCAGAGGGGCACAUCUAUGACUGCGAUGCUGGCUUCUCCAACUGGAUGCAAGGGUGGUCGGACUCCAAGAAGGAUUGGUGCUGCUCGCAUGAGCAGAAGGGCUGCGUCAAGUACCACUGCACCGGGGAAGAGGAUUCCUGGACCGAUGACAAGUCAGACUGGUGUGCUGUGCUCACUUUCAGAAGGGUUGCCCACAAACGAGAGACAGACACGUGCAUGAACCGCAUUCAUUGGACACGAGACCACGUCUUCGGAGAGAAGGAGAACAAGUGCGCUCUUGCCUACAGCAAGGUGCAGGUCGAGUGCGACGUGUGCCGAUCUUGCACCAUCGAGGAGGCAGGUUGUGAAGUGCACAUGUCGGGCUCGUUACCUUUCGACUGCCACGCGGCCCUCAACAACUUCUUUCGGGCCUGGUCCCCGGAGAAGAAGCACUGGUGCUGCACCAAGCAGGGAAAGGGCUGCGAGGGCCACCACCCGCCUUCCGUCGAUGCCGGCUUUGGCAUGACUUGGAAGCAUGUGCAGGUGAACGGCUACUGGACUUGGGUCGCCGUGCACGGACACGGCCACGCCAGCCUGCCCUAUGACUGCAAUGCCGGCCUGGACAACUGGCACACCGGCUGGUCCGGGGGCAAGAAGGCAUGGUGCUGUGCCCACCAUCACGUAGGCUGCGGAGGAGGAUCCCAGACUGUCCAUGUCAUUCACCACGUGUACCACGGCGGAGCGCACUACAGCCAUGGUGCAGCAUUCGACUGCCACGCGGGCUUUUCACGCUGGCACACGGCUUGGUCGCCAGCCAAGAAGGACUGGUGCUGCCGCCACGUGGGCAACUCCUGCAGUUGA